AUGGCUUCGUCUCACGGGAGAAGCGACCUGCGGUUCGCAGACUGGAUGGCAAGUUUACCGCAGAGCAUGCACACCAUCCCGCUCACCAACCUGGCGAUUCCCGGCUCCCAUGAUUCCUUCAGUUUCUACAUCGACGAGGCAUCUCCAGUGGGCCCCGAGCAGCCGGAGACGGUGCAGAACUUUGUCUCUGUUUUUGGUACGGUGGCCAAGAAGCUAAUGAGGAAGUGGUUAGCUACACAGACUAUGAACUUCACCAGCCAACUAGAGGCUGGGAUCCGCUUCUUUGACCUGCGCAUCUCCACCAAGCCCCGCGACCCUGACAAUGAGCUGUACUUCGCCCACGGGCUCUUCAGUGCCACGGUCAGAGAAGGUCUAGAGCAGAUCAGUAGUUUCCUGUCAGCUCAUGCCAGAGAGGUCGUGUUCCUGGACUUCAACCACUUCUAUGGUGUGCAGAACCUGCACCACGAAAAACUGGUGGCCAUGUUAAAAGAGGUGUUUGGAGAGAAACUCUGCCCAGUUGUCUUCGCUCAGGAGGUGACUCUGCAGUAUCUAUGGGAGAAGGAGUAUCAGGUGCUGGUCUUCUACCACCACCCCAUGGCCCUGGAGGUGCCCUUCCUGUGGCCAGGCCAGAUGAUGCCCGCUCCCUGGGCCAACACCACUGACCCAGAGAAGCUGGUUCAGUUUCUCCAGGCCUCUGUCACUGACCGCAGGAGGAAGGGGACGUUCUUUGUCUCUCAGGUGGUUCUGACACCGAAGGCCAGCACUGUGAUGAAGGGUGUGGCAAGUGGACUGAGAGAAACAAUCACAGAAAGGGCCUUACCGGGCAUGAUGCAGUGGAUCAGAUCGCAGAGACCCGGGGAGAGCGGCAUCAACAUUAUCACAGCUGACUUUGUGGAGCUCGGAGAGUUCAUCAGUGCUGUCAUCACCCUCAACUACCACCUGGACGAAGAUGACGAUGAUGCCACCUGAGAGCCUGCAGGGGGUGUCAGAGAGUACAGUCACCACCACUGCUGCCAGUGGUCGGGCCUGUGUUCUCACUCUUUUUCUCUUUGGCAUUUAUUUCAGGAGGGGAGCUUGCACUGCUCCUUUCACAUUAUUUAGGGCUAUAGUGAAUUGAGAGAUCAAAUGGAAAAGGGGGUUGAGGGAAAGACAAGUUGGGACACUGGUCCCAGUGUCCCAACUGGUGUUUGGUUUGAGUACUAAGAGGAUGAGAUUUUAUCUGUUUCCUAUUUUUGGGGAUCAAAAUGUUGUUGUUUUUUUUAAGUGAGAUGUUAAUUAAUUUUCUUUACUUCCUGCGCUGUAAAAAUAGCUGCUUUUUCCACUGUUCUAAUGCACUGUUCCUAGGCUUACCACUUCAUCGAGGGUAGAUUCCUCAGAGCAUAUCACCUUUCUGCUAAAUGUAUUGCUACUUCAUUCUUGAUAUUCUAGUGACAGUGACAG